CCUUGCAAAUUGGAAAAUUUGAUCUUCACCUCAGAUUUUACAGUGAUAUCCAGUUCAUACCCCUCAGCUGUUGCUCAUUCUUGAAUUAGUUCAAUCCUCAUCAGCCUGUCAGAAGCAUAGUUGCCUCCACAGUUGACACUGAUUCCAUUUUGGUUUUUAUGCAUUUCCACUUUUGGAUGGUUUAGAUUUCCAGUUGUAUUAUUCUAGUGCAUGAGCAUCACCAGAGGUUGAUGCCUCUAGUCUGGCUAGUGGCAUGGGGAUCUAGCUGAUGCUGAGAGAGAUCUAAGCAUGGUCUGCAACCAAGCUGCAGAAAUGGUAGGAUAGAGGCUGUUUUAUCUAAGAACAAGAAAGGGCAACAAUGGGUGUCAGGACAGGGAUGAGUGGAAGCUUGGCUGAAAAGCAGCCCUGGCCUUCCAGUGCCGCGUCCGAGCCGUUGACGGAAACGUACCGGACUACUGUGGACGCCCCCGACGCCAGCGCGGCCUCCGCGGCCGGGGUCGGCUGGGACCGCCGCCAGGGGGGCGGCCGUCUCCGGCCCGCCUGCGUCUGGCUCACCCUGCUGGCCGGCCUGGCGCUGCUGGUGCUUCUGGUGCCCGGAGCCGAGGUGGCCCGCACCCGGAGCCGCGCCGUGGACUCCUGCAGCAUCAGCCUGGUGGAGAGCAUUCCGAUCGGCCUAACAUACAACUCGAGCGUGAGCCACAUGUCGACGUUCGACGCAUGGCAGCGGCUGCUGCGGCUGGCCACCGGCUCCGUCUCCAUCGCCUCCUACUACUGGACGCUUCUGGGCAGGGAUGUCGUGCCGGACCCGUCGGCCGCCCAGGGCGAGGAGAUCUACCGCCAGCUGACGCAGACCGGACUGCGGAGCGACGUCACGCUGAAGAUCGCGCAGAACACCCCCGACGGCAAGAGUAACGACACGCAGCACCUGGCGGACAUCGGGGCUGCCGAGGUACGCUCGCUGGACUUCCCGCGGCUGGUGGGCGCCGGCAUCCUGCACACCAAGAUGUGGCUGGUGGACGCGCGGCACUUCUACGUGGGCAGCGCCAACCUCGACUACCGCUCCCUGACGCAGGUGAAGGAGCUGGGAGCCCUGGUGCAGGACUGCAAGCCGCUGGCCGCCGACAUGGACAAGAUCUUCCAGGUGUACUGGCUGGUGGGCGGCGACACGGGCCGCAUUCCGGACGAGUGGCCCGACCAGUACCACACCGACAUCAACAAGGACAACCCGCUGCCGGUGUCGCUGCCGGACGAGACGGCCUACGUCUACCUGUCGAGCUCGCCGCCGGCGCUCUGCCCGCCGGGCCGCACCUCGGACGGCGACGCCAUCGUGCACACUAUCGACGCGGCGCGCAAGUGCGUCCACAUCGCCGUCAUGGACUACUACCCGAUGCUCAUCUACGGCCGCUUCACGUUCUGGCCGGUGAUUGACGACGCCUUGCGCCGGGCGGCCGUGGACCGCGGCGUCGAGGUGCUGCUGCUGGCCAGCCACUGGAACCACACGCACGCUGACAUGUACCACGGUCUGCGCUCGCUGCAGGCGCUCAACGGCACGCGCAAACACAUCCGCAUCGAAGUGCGGAUGUUCGAAGUUCCGCCGUCGUCCGGACAGCAGAUACCGUACAGCCGAGUCAACCACAACAAGUACAUGGUCACAGACCAGGUGGCCUACAUAGGCACGUCCAACUGGUCGGGCGACUACUUCGUCAACACGGGCGGCAUCGGACUGGUGGUGAACUCGUCCAGUCCGGCGUCGGCCGGCGCGCUGCGCUCGCAGCUGGAGGCCGUGUUUCAGCGCGACUGGCAGUCGGACCACUCGCGCCCGCUGGCCGACUUCGACUGAGACGCGGCGCGGGUCGCCAGGUCGCCGCGCCCGAGCCGCGAGCGACCUGGUGACCCGGCGUCCGAGCGUGGCUGGCCCGUCGGAGUGCCGGCCGGCUGCGACGCGCCGUUCUCUCGGCAAGGCGGAGCGGACGUGGCCGGCCGGCUUCCGGCGAGUGUGCGGAGCGCUGACCCGACCUAAGGGAUCUCAAGAGAUUGGAGGCGGCCGGCUGCUGCGAGGUCCUGCAAAAUCCUACAGAAUCGGCGGCUGUCGAUGGGGCUGUGUCGUGUCUCUGUUCCGGGGCCGCGGAACAGAAUGCUGCUUGCUGGUGUGUGUGGCGGAGUGUCGUUGUCUUGAUUGUUCAGGACGAUGAUUGUGAGGCCAAAGUUCGUAUUUUACCUUCUGCACCUGUAUGCUUCGUGGCUGGUCUAUAUAGCGUUUUGAUUUGAUCGUCCCGACUCUCGGAACGGCGGCGGACAUCGAAUCGUGAUUAACAUCCGUGUGCAUGUAUCCAUCUCUAGGAUUCCAUUUGUGAUGUCGUGCCUGCGGGCUAUGGGCGUCUCCGGUAUGCAACCUGGACCCAAUAAAACCGA